AUGCCCAACUACGCGCGACAGAGUUCCUUGGACCUGGACGAGAUCUUCGGCCACUAUAUCAAGAACGACAGCAACGCCGCCAUGAUGAGAAAUAUUCGUACCAAAGAGAGAAUGGGCAGCGCUCAUCACUGCGAAGACAAGGAGUGUGGCGGCGGGCCAUCAAUGAGAUGUGUCAGCGCGCUGCACUUUUGCUGGUGCCUUGCUCCCGUCAUCGACAAAGACAAGAAGUCAGAUACAUACGACGAGGUCGUGAUUUGUGGGCAGCGCUUUCAGUGCAUCUCCCCCAAAGGAUGCGCCGUGCAUCCAUACCUAGCGGGCUACAACCUCUACGUCAAGAACGCGCGGAACAACUACCCAAACGUCGAGGUCGAGUGGAAGGCCAUCUUCGAGUCAUUCAAGGCUGAGCACGAUGCAGCCGUGGCAAACAAGACGGAGCAACAGGAGUUGUUGAAGAAGAAGGGAGAGAUGACCGAACCUCAAAAGAACCGCUACCGGAAGCUGCAAGACCAAGCCGCGUUCCGGAAAAGCCUCGAGAAGGAGCUUGAUGUCGACCAAGAGGAUACUGCCCAGGAAGUACCAUGCCUACCCACCACGACUCCCGCCCGACCCCGUCGAAAAGAUACCAAGAAAGCCAAGAGACAGAGAGCACGUAGAGACCGUGAUGAUGCAAAGGCCUCCGAGGAGAAGGCCGAGGAAGACGAUGUGUCAGGUCAGACAAGGGGUCUAGAGGUGAGACCGGCGUGA